CAUUUUUCUAUACAAUUAAAAAAAAAAAUAGACGAAGAAAUAGUGUAAUAACAAAUUAAAGCGAUGAAAACGCUUACCAUUGUACUACAAAUUACACCUCCGCAUAUCACCACAAGAUCAAAUCAAUGGCCAAGAACCAACGAAACCCUCCACCGCAGCCGCCGGGAAACGCCAUUCCAGCCAGCGAGAAAGUGGCGGCUGCACGACGGAGCAAAGGGAUUCACCGGAAGGCCAACAAAUAAAGAGAGGGAAUCCAUAGCCAAAUCAAAAAGCAACACGUCAUCAUCAAGAAAAGACAAAAAAAACAACAUGGACGAUGACGACAAGAUACCGGACGUGGUGUGGGAUAGGAUGAUAUCUAGGAUUCUGGUCUACGUGGGCGUGCCGUUAGCGGCGGGGUUUUUUAUGCUGCAGGUGUUCAGUGUGCUGAAGGAGCAAGGUUCGGUUAACGUGCCGAAAUGGGUGCCGUUUGUGACGACGUUUGUCACGUUCGGCGCGUCGGCGUUGGGAGUUGCGUACGGGAGCUUGUCGACGAGUUUGAGCGCCGACGAAGAGGGCUCGCUUCUUGGGUUUGAACAGGUGGAGAAGAAUUGGGUUGAGAUGUGGGAACAAGACGAAGAACAAGACGACUGAGUAAAAAAACUUGAAGCUCAUGAUAUUUUUUUUUUUUUUGCUUUUGUUAUUAUUAUUAUUAUUUUUUGGGGUAAAUUA